UGGGACGUCAGAUGCCAUCGCUCCCGGGGACUGUUAAAAUCGCUGCACUACCAGGGUAUCUGCAGAAGACCCUGCCUUCUUGGCCACCUCCUGGGGCUGCCUGUUUGGGGCAGCAGUUCUUCUCUGCACCAGGUACACGACCCCAGACAGCUAUGCCUCUUCUGGCCAGCCUCCUGGGCCUGGCAGGGCUUCUCCUCUGGACAGGCCACACAGUGGGGGCCUUAAGGAUGCCCAACACCACACUGGUCCUGGGCCGACCCAAGAACAUAGCUGUGUGGUCUCUGUCUGGUUUGGGGGUGCCCCGGUACCGCCGGAAGCGCCAUAUCUCUGCCCGGGACAUGAGUGCCUUGCUGGAUUAUCACAACCAUAUCCGGGCCAGCGUACACCCACCUGCUGCCAACAUGGAGUAUAUGGUUUGGGAUGAGCAGCUGGCCAGGUCUGCUGAAGCCUGGGCCACCCAGUGCAUCUGGGCCCACGGACCCUCGCAGCUGAUGAAAUAUGUGGGCCAGAACCUCUCUAUCCACUCUGGCCGGUACCGGUCUGUGGUAGAUCUCGUGAAGUCUUGGUCUGAAGAAAAGCGGCACUUCUCAUUCCCAGCUCCAAAGGAUUGUACCCCACACUGCCCCUGGCUCUGCAGUGGUCCUGUCUGCUCCCACUAUACCCAGAUGGUGUGGGCAUCCUCCAGUCGGCUGGGCUGUGCCCUUCACACCUGUAGCAGCAUCAAUGUGUGGGGCAGCACCUGGCAGCAGGCUGUGUACCUGGUCUGCAACUAUGCCAUUAAGGGCAAUUGGAUUGGGGAGGCACCCUACAAGACUGGGAAGCCGUGUUCUGCCUGUCCAUCCAGUUACCAAGGCAACUGCAACAGCAACAUGUGUUUCUCUGGGCUCAAAUCCAACAAGCUUCCAUGGAUCUGAACUGGCCCAAUAUUUUGGUGCCCCUGGCUAGGUCUGACCCUAGGAAGAUUCCUCCCCAAAGUUGAGAGGGAGACAGGGGGUGGGCAACCCUACAGUUCUUUAUAAAUUCCUUUUCUUAAAUGUCCAGUACAUGUCAAAGAUGCCUCCUCUCUCUUCCUUAGUAACAUCUUUCUUCUCUAUGAUACCUAGGGAAACAAGCAUUUUUCU